AUGCAGUACAUCGCCGUCGCUCUCGCGGCACUUGCCAUUGGUGCCGAAGCCUCUCCAGCCCGUCAUCGCCCGGAAGGCCUCGCCGCCCACGCUGCAGGCUCUGGAGUCUUUCCAACAGGAGCGUUCCCUACCGGAGUGUUCCCCACUGGAGCGUUCCCCACUGGGGCCAGCGUUGUCUCCGCUGCACCUACCGGCUGGUCCCCCCGCGACAGGAGAUCUUCCAGCAGCAAGAAGUCGAAGACCUCUUCCAAGACGUCGUCGACAGCCACCGCCACGACAACUUCUGCUCCUUCCAAAGCUGCUGCUGCCCCCGGAGGCGGCCUUCCAGCAUCGUCUGGUUCCUCUGCCUUCUCUGCCGUCCAGACCAUUGCUGCCGGCGAGUCCUUUGAUGGAGGUAUGGUCAUGUUCGAUCGUGGUGUUUCAUGCACUGGCCAGUCAGAAGGUGGUGAUGGAGACGCCGUCUUCGAGAUCGAGGAUGGUGGCUCGCUGUCCAACGUCAUAAUCGGCCCCAACCAGAUUGAGGGCGUCCACUGCUUUGGGUCUUGCACGCUCACCAAUGUCUGGUGGUCUGCGGUCUGUGAGGACGCAUUCACCAUCAAGGAACAAGACGCUGGUGCUACCACCAACAUCAUCGGAGGAGGUGCAUUCGGCGCUGAAGACAAAGUGCUUCAGCACAACGGUGCAGGCACCAUGUCGGUCAGCGGCUUCACCGUCGACGGGUUCGGCAAGCUAUACCGCGCUUGCGGCAACUGCAAGUCCAGCUAUGAGAGACAUGUCAUCUUCGACAACAUCAGCGCCACGGAUGGCAAGGCUUUGGCCGGUAUCAACCCCAACUUCGGCGACACGGCUACCUUUACCAACAUUGUCGCUUCUGACGUUGAUGACAUCUGUGUGUCAUACCAKGGCACCACGCCUGGAAACGAGCCCAAAAAGCUGGGCUCCGGUCCUUCRGAUGCUUGCAUCUACUCGGACUCAGACAUUAGCUCUAACUAG